CUUCGUUCAGCUGGGAGCAGUGUACUUAGUGGAUUUGUGUGAAAUUAUCAAAACACAAGUUAAAAAGAAGUAAUAUUUUGUAAAAGUAACGAAUGAGUUUUUCAUUUUAACUUUAACAUUCACUAUCACGUAUUAUGUGAAACAAUAAACACUAUGAUCGUUAAGUAAACCUGUUAAAUUAUGGAACAAAAUAAUAUAAACGGCUCGGGCUCACCGAGUUCCCCUUCAAAACCUUAUAUCGAGGCCAGCGACUACGAUCUACAGUUUCCAACAUGGAGCAUGGAGUACUUGAAGAAGGCUGCAGUGGAACACAGAUUAGUUCGCCCAAGAAGCUUGGCUUGGGCCAUAUUGCUCAAUGCUGUUCCUCCACCUUCAGAAGACAUUUUAAUAAGUAUAAGAGGACACAGAAGUUUUUAUGAUGAUUUGAGGAAGAAAAUGUCCAUGGAUCCACGGGGAGUAAUUGGGGAUGACCCACUUUCACAAAGAGAAGAGAGCGCGUGGAAGCAACACUUUUGCGACAAUGAACUCAAAGCGAUGAUACUUCAAGACGUUGUUAGAACUUUUCCUGACGAAGCUUACUUCCGCGAUAAGGAUGUUCAAGAUCUCAUGGUGCGCGUGCUGUUCUACUGGUCGCGCGCGCACCCGUGUCCGGGGUACCGCCAGGGCAUGCACGAGGUGCUGGCGCCGCUGCUGCUGGAGCUGCGAGCCGACCGGCGGUGCGCGCCGCGCUCCAUCAGCGACACCUUGCGAUAUUAUCUACAAGAAGACUACUUAGAACACGACAGCUACAUGCUAUUCAGCGCUAUUAUGAAAGGAUUGGAGAAGUUCUACUGGACGGGCGACGUGCCCUCCGCCAGCGGACGACUGCCCGUCUCGAAGACUAUACACAAUCAAAAUGAAGUAAUACGAUAUUUAGACAAAGUAAGAGAGGAAUAUUUAAUGCUGUUCGACCCAGACCUGGCAACACAUUUGGCUGAAUGCGGCAUCUCCAUGGAGUUGUUUGGAAUUCGCUGGCUCCGGUUGCUCUUCGGACGGGAGUUCCCUCGUUCCGAUGUCCCGCACCUGUGGGGAUUUAUCUUCUCCGACGGGCCCAUGUUGCCCAACGUGCACUACAUCAUACUCGCCAUGUUAAUCUCGAUUAGAAGUAUACUGCUGGCGGCGGACACGGCGCGCGCGCUGUGCGUGCUGAUGCGGCCGUCGGCGGCCGGCGCGCGCCACGUGUGCGCGCUGGCGCUGCACCUGCGCGCGCCGCACGCGCACCCCGCGCCGCGCCCGCCCGCGCACGCGCCCCCGAGCCACGACAACAUCCUGGACGCGUCGAGCUCCGUGUACGCAUUCGAGCAGCGCGCGGAGGAGGAGGCGGAGUCGUCGGGCUCGGAGGGCGUGGCGGAGGGCGUGGCCGAGGGCGGCGACGUGGCGCACUCGCUGGCCGCGCUGGCGCUGCUGCGCGCGCGCCUGCCCGCCGCCGUGGCCGCGCUGCGCGCCGCGCUGCCGCGCCCGCCGCCGCGCGCCGAGCUGCCGCUGCAGCAGAUCGUGCAGUUAGCUGCACUCCUUCAAUGCCGCAAUCAUGCUUUGAUAGACGUGGAAACGGCUCUAGAGGCUGCUGAAAAUCAAUCGACCGACGCGAUUGGUCGGAAGCAGCUCGUGCCGGUCGUGAUGGGCCCCAAACCGAAGCCACAAAUGAACUCAAAACAAGUGAAAAUCGCGAAGAAAGUGAAAGAAGUGCCGCUUAAAUUGUUUUAUCAGUCGGAGUGCGAUGGGGCGAGUGACUUGCCAUUCUUAGAUCCGUUGGGACUGAGGACAGAAUGACUACGACGCAAAAUAAUGCUCUAUAGCUAUUAUCAUUAAGUACAAUUUCGACUGUAUUACCGAUAUGGUAUAGUGCUUUUAUUACCGUUUAAAAUAUAUUUUAUGUUUAUAUGACAUAAAAUAUAAAAUUUGAAUUAUAUGUUUAUAUAAAUCCUUUUCUCUAUACACUUUAGCAUUAGUGCAGAAUAUAUUUAAUAUAAUCUGUAUUCAGUCAUUGUAGAACUAAAGAAGCCUUCAUUGUUUAAGGCUAAACUUAAAGUCAAUAUUUGUUUAAAUAAAUCGUACCUAUGUAUGUUAAAACGGAAAUACGUAAUUAUAUAUUUAUGUAUAAAUAUUGUAUUAAAUUUCUCGUUAUAUUUGCGUAACAAAAACUAUAUAGAUAUUAGCGUUAAACAGGUUGUUUUAAUUGUAAUAAGCUAUUGUUGUUAAAAUUAAAAUUGUAAACAAACUUGUGACAUAAUAUGGUGCGUUUGCUUAUAGUGCGUAAGAAGUAUCUUUGUGUAUGAAAAGUGUAAAAAUAAUGUUCGAAAUUUAAAUGGCGCUACUGGAACACGAAGAUAAAAUUUAAUAAUGCUCGAAUAUUCGGUGGUAUAAAAAGGAAUUAGAGAAAAUUAGACAUCUGCCUUCAAAGGGCUUUACAAAUUAAAAGAUCCGCUUAGCAAAUUUAAAAUUCCAAUCAAUAAAUAGAUAUAAAGCAAUGCCUGUUUUCCUGUGUUGCCAUUUUUUUACAUUUAGUUUUGUAAUACCCCAACAUUGUAUUAAUAAUAUUUGGCAAUGCAGGUUGAUAUCAUAAAAUUGCCAAUUUAUUAUUUUGCACAGAUAUAGUAGAAGUAAUAUGCGCUUUUUUUAGGAAUUUAAAAAUUAGGAACAAAGUUAGAUUUAGCUAGGUAUGAACAAAAAAAAACAAUUUAUAAAUUAAGUGCAAAUUAGUAACUAUUACGAAAAUUUAAUUUUCUUUAAAGGUAUUUUAAUGUUAUUAAUACAAGUUGCUACGUUAUAUUUUAUAAUUUAUAAAUAAUUUAAACCCUAUUUGUACAUGUAAACACACCCCUAAAGUAGUGUAAAGUAAUGAAAUAUUUGAAUAUCGAAUUACAAAAAAAAAAAAAUAUACAGCUUCAUACAAGAUGUGUACAAAUAGAUUUGAAAUUAUAUAUAUUUCGUUAUAUUAAUAAAAGUUAUUCUAUCGAAUCAGAUAGACUUCUUAGAUGAAUCUGUUUAAGCAAGUGAUAUUUUAUGGAAAUCAUGCAAUAAAGAAACAUGA